GCAAGGACACCUGUACAGGAUGUAAUAAUGUCAAUGGUUUGUGUGACUCUGGAUGUAUCCCUGGCUGGACGGGUGACCUCUGCAAUAAAGUGUGUCCAUCAGGAUCCUAUGGUGCUGCAUGCAAUUUUACGUGUGGAAACUGUCAUGACGUAAACGAGUGUGACCAUGUUACUGGGGCAUGUUUAACUGGAUGCAGUGCUGGUUUCAUGGGAGAUUAUUGUAAAGCAACUUGUCUUUCUGGGUUUUUUGGACAAAACUGUUCGGAGAUAUGCAAAGACACCUGUACAGGAUGUAAUAAUGUCAAUGGUUUGUGUGACUCUGGAUGUAUCCCUGGUUGGACGGGUGACCUCUGCAAUAAAGUGUGUCCCUCAGGAUCCUAUGGUGCUGCAUGCAAUUUAAUGUGUGGAAAAUGUCGUGACGUAAACCAGUGUGACCAUGUUACUGGGACAUGUUUAACUGGAUGUAGUGCUGGUUAUAUGGGGAAUUUUUGUAAAACACCUUGUCCUUCUGGGUUCUUUGGGCAAAACUGUUCGGAGGUAUGCAAAGACACCUGUACAGGAUGUAAUAAUGUCAAUGGUUUGUGUGACUCUGGAUGUAUCCUUGGUUGGACGGGUGACCUCUGCAAUAAAGAGUGUGUAAAAGGAUCGUAUGGCACUCGCUGUAAUGAAACAUGUGGAAAAUGCCGCGAUGUAAACGAGUGUUCAAAUGUCAAUGGAACUUGUUUGAACGGAUGUGAUGCUGGUUUUGAAGGAGACCUAUGUAGAACAAGGUGUGCCAUCGGUUUAUACGGCAUUGACUGCAAAGAAAUUUGUGGAAACUGUCGUGAUAUUGACCAAUGCUUUCAUACAAACGGAACAUGCUUAACUGGAUGUGAUGAUGGUUAUCAGGGAGACGUGUGUAAAACACCUUGCCCACUGGGUUUUUUUGGAAAAGACUGCAUGAAGAAAUGCAAGGAAACGUGUCUAGGAUGUAUUAAUGUCAAUGGUUCAUGUGCUGCUGGGUGUUUACCGGGGUGGAUAGGAAACUUUUGCGAUAAAGAGUGCCAUACAGGAUUUUAUGGCGUCUCCUGCAAAAAGAUAUGUGGAAACUGUCAUGAUUUAAAACAAUGUGACCACACUAAUGGUACAUGCUUAACUGGAUGUGCGUCUGGUUAUACGGGGGAUAUGUGUCAAACACGUUGCCAACCUGGCUUUUUUGGACGAGACUGCUCUGAGAAAUGCAUAGACACAUGCAAUGGAUGUAAUGAUGUCAAUGGACUGUGUGACUAUGGCUGUGUACCUGGCUGGAUAGGAUAUUUCUGCAAUAAAGAAUGUGACAAAGGAUCGUAUGGUUUUGAAUGUAAUGAAACAUGUGGACACUGUCGUAAUGGAAAACAAUGCUCCAAUGUCAAUGGCUCUUGCUUGACUGGAUGUGGUGUUGGUUAUGAAGGGGACUUAUGUAAAUCACGUGAGUAUACAAACACCUAGGUACAGACGAAACUAGCUACCUAUUAUUAUAAAAAGAUCUUUAAAAAAUCAUACUGCAAAAAAAAAUGGUAAAAACAUUUUUUUUUAAAUACGCGAUGCGAUUACAAAUGUAGUAGUACUAACAUAAACAUAUUUACGUUUUACUUGCGGGAAACAUACAUUGUAGAGGGUAAGUCAGUACGUCCGUAUAAAUGGAACAUGCUUUACUGAAUGUGAUAAAAGGUUAUCAAGGAGAAUUGUGUAACAUACCUGAGUAAAUAUAACAUUGCUGAAAGUAUUCAUAGAUAGAUAGAUAGAUUAUUCAUAUGUUUUUACACCGCAUUGUUAAUACUUAUGUAAAUUUGAGAUUGUCAAUAAAAAAGGAAGAAAGUACAGAGAAAUGAAGGUAAGUCCAAUAGAACGGAAAUUUACAUGAUAUUUAUAGUGUUUGUUUUGGGUAAUAUACCUUUAUCAAGAUCACCAAAAAAAAAAUCAAACAACGUAAGAUGCACACCAAUGGUUUUAACGUAUUUUGAUUAUAACGACUUAUGCUGUGUGGUUCUCUUAAUGUUAGAUUUCUACAAUUUAUCAAUCCCACUUGUAUUGCAGGGUUUAUUGAUUUGACUCAUUGAUAUCCAUUCAAUCUUUGUAUAUGUUCUUUAUGAAAAAUUACGAGGAAAAAACUGGUAUUUGAUCAUGAAAAUGUGUCCAUGCAUUCUGCCCAUGGUGUAUAGUUAUCGAAACUUUACGCCCAGAGCAUUUGAUAUCUCUCUAUUUUAAUAUAGAAAAACGCCUGGUGUAAUUCAAGUUGCUAAAAUUAAAUUCAGUGUUUGAUUACUCUUAUUUGUUAAAUAUAAAAAAACAUUAAUCGAUGACAAUAAAGUUUUCUUCAUAAUAAAAAAAAAUUAUAUUUUCUGACUAUCAGGACAAUAGAAAGUUUAUGUUCACCUCGAAAGCAAUUAUUUUUAUUGACGUCGCCAGGUGAAAUAGUUUCUGUUUUGGGGAAAUAUAAACUUGCUAUCGUUCUCAAAACAGGUAAGUACAUAUAUAAUAUACAUAAAUGUUUACUAUCGUUAAUCCGAUCUUCCUAUAUAUCGCUGAUAUACGAAUCAAUUUAACUUACGGUAUUUAAUACUUCAUGAUUUUUUUUUUUUGCAAACCGUUCUGUAUAUUUCGUGUACAAUUCAAAUUUUAAAAAAGAGAAGAAGACCGCGAAUGGUACAUGUAAUGCGCAAUGUAACAACUAACAACAGAUUGGCUAAUAUCAUUGUAAUGAUAGCUGUUUUCGGAAAUGUAUGGUAAGUGGGGUUUUUUUUUCCCUAAGCAUGAUCAAAUUAAAGUGAUACUUGGGAAGCAAAGGUAUUAUAUCUUGAUGAUUAAAGAGGAUUAUGAAGAAUACACGUAAACAAAUACCAUUCUGCGAACUGUACUGUCUACGACUGAAAAUGUUGUCAAAAGUAACAAAACGAAACCAAAGUUAAUACGUUUUGUAUAAAAUGGAGAGUUAGAUAAUAUAUAUAAUGUGAUAUCAAGUUUGACUUGUUGAUGUUUAAGAAUGUCUUACAUUGACCUUGAUAUUAUUUUGUUUUUACUUCAAUUUACCAGCAUUACUUACAGUGGCUUAAAUGGUAUAUUUUGUUUUAGAUAAGCGUAACGCCCUGAAGGUUAGUCGAAAUUAACUUUUAAAGAAAAAUUAAAUAAAUUUUAGAUGCAGAAGACCAUAGUAACAAAGGACUAUGUGCGGUAUGGUCUAAUAUCUGCCCCCAAUUUUAACCAAUUUUUAAAUAGUGUCGUAUACAAAUAAAAUCUUCAUAAAUCAUUGUACAGUGGACACCUAUCACUUUAAUCUUGAUUUUAACCAGCAUUGCACAAUGGCUAUUUAUCUAUGACGUCAUCUUUAUGACCUUAUUCCCGAAAAUUUGCAAACGGAUGAAAAAAUUCUCAUUUUUGCUUUAAAUUUUGCAUUCGGAAGUAUAGAGCGCAGGUCUGCUCGAGUAAGAUUUUAGCAUAUGUUUUUCUUCAGACAAUUAUAAAAUAUUAAGAAAUUGUACUUGAGCAAGCCUGCGCUUAAUGUUUCUCAGUCGAAAAACCAUCGGAAAACAUCCAUAUUUUGCUUCAAAACGUCAAUAUAUCAAAA